UCAUUAGUUAUCCAUUUCAAAGUAUUUCAUUCACUUGGCCCUGAUAGUUCUUAUGAUUGUUGUGAAAAGUCAUGCUUUCAGUCAUUUCAGAGCUUGAGCUCAUUUAAAAGACAUGUAAAAAACAAACAUAUUAUUAAGUUAGCAUCAAAUGUUUCUGUACCUACCCAAAACUGCAUUAUUAACAAUACAAAUAUUGAUACUCCGAGUCUCACAUCCAAUGCAACCUCAAUAUUUGUACAAAAUGAUAAUUUUAAUGGUUUCAAUUAUCAAUCAGCAGUUUCUGAUCUCCAUAAGUCUGCUGUACAAUUUGUUCUUGGUUUACAUGUCAAGAAUAAUAUCACGUUUCGAGAUGUAUUGAAUAUUCAAAAAGGCAUUGUAGAACUCAUUACUAAACCUACAGCUCAGCUAUUGGACAGUUUUGUGAAGGAAAAAAUUAAUGACCCACUACUAUUAUCGUCAUUUAAAGCAUUGUCAUUAGAUAUAUCUAACACAUUUACACUAUGUAGUACUGAAUACCGUUUAAUGAAUUGGCUCAUGGAAGAGCAGUACAUUAAUCAUUUAAACCAGAUAGUUGUAAAUCGAGAAGUAACUUCUGUUUACAAUAAAGGAGAGUUAUCACUUGAUCGAAUAAAUAACUUAAAUUCAUCUAACUCUUUGAAAAAUUUCAUUCAAGGUGAUUUAUGGAAAACCAAGUUAGUGAAUUUUUCAGAUAAAAUAGUGUUUCCAUAUUUUUUAUUCAUAGAUGAUCUAGAAAUAAACAACCCACUAGGUUCUCAUUCUACAUUUCAAGCUGUCAGUGCUGUGUAUUAUUCAUUUCCAUUAUUAGAAAACAAUUCAAAGCUUACUAAUAUAUUUUUGGCAGCUAUCAUUAAAUCAGUCGAUAUGAAAGAAUAUGGUAAUGAGUCCUGUCUAAAAAGUCUCAUAGAUGUUUUAUAUAGUUUUGAAAAAGAAGGCAUAAUUAUCUCUACUCCUGAAAAAGGAGACACACGUGUUUAUUUUAUGUUAGGACUGGUCUUAGGAGAUAAUCUUGGACUAAAUUCGAUUUUAGAUUUUUCUAGAUCUUUUUCAGCUUCAUACUUUUGUAGAUUUUGUAAGGCUAGUAAAGAUAUUACAAAAAAAUUAUUUGAAGAAGAUAGUCUUUUAAUGAGGAAUAUUACCAACUAUAAUAAUAGUAAAACAGGAGUUCAUGGUGAGUCAUUUUUAAAUAAAAUACCUUCAUUUCAUGUUACACAAAAUUAUUGUGUGGAUGUAAUGCACGACUUGUUUGAAGGCAUAUGUCACUAUGAUAUGUGCCAUAUUAUAAAAUAUUUCACUGAAAACGUCAAGUAUUUUUCUUUGGAUACAUUGAAUUUAAGAAAAAGUAAUUUUAAUUAUGGUUCAAUAGAAAUAGGAAAUAUUUCUCCUUCAAUAAACACAAAACAUUUGCAAAACUUCCAUCUCAAAAUGUCUGCUCGAGAAAUGAUGACUUUUACACAUUUUUUUCCUUUAAUGGUCGGGGACUUAGUUCCUGAAAAUGAUGAAGUCUGGUUAUUCUUUAUGAAUUUACUCCAAAUUAUUGACAUUCUUUUAUCUUACAGUAUAUGUGAACAAAAAGCAGUCGGGUCCACCGAGGCAUUUUUGGUGCUUUAG